UGUCAAGUCAAACAUGUCCAAUUUGGUAUUUGGUCUUAUUGUGGUGCAAUGCAAUGCAGUGAUUAAUGUUAAUCGAAUAUUAAUACAACCAAAGCAAUAUUUAUUUUAAAUCGCAGGGAGGUUAUUUUUUUAUCGAUGCCAAAUUUUAAUAUAUCAUUUUUUUAUUAUUUCCUUAUUUCAUAGUAGUACUAUACAAUGGGUGGCAAGUCAAAACAAAGUCAAAGGACUAAAAAUAAUGCAAAGCCUUCAAGUAGCAGCCGUAGUGCCGAGCUUCUUAAUAAUGGCAUAAACCUAGAUGCUAGCGUUAUCACUCUUGGUAGUGGAAAGUCUCUUCCACCAUUGUUCCCAACGUUAGCCACAGCCAACCUGGAACAAGGACUCAAUCCAGAGUUUCAAAUAUGCUUUAAGAAGCUCACCAAGAAAGAUCCGGUCACCAGAGCCAAGGCUCUGCAGGAUCUAUGUGAACUAGUGAAUAAUGGUGAUGUAGAAGAUGUUGUGGCUGCUUUGCCGAGCUGGGCGCAUUAUUAUAGAAUCCUCACAACUGAUAUAGACCGCAAAGCGUGUCACGGCGCCGUGUUGGCGGCCAGCGGGCGCCGCGCGGCGCCGCAGCUGCGCGCGCUGGUGCCGGCCUGGCUGCAGGCGCAGCACGACGACCACGCGCCCGCGCAGUCGCACGCGCGCCGCGCUCUCGCCAAAACGUUUCCUGAUACCAAGUUGCCCGAAGUGAUCUCUUUCUGCAAGGCCGAAGUGAUAGCCUAUCUACUUGACAACCUUAUAGGUAAUACGGGAGCAGUGAUAAGCAAGAGGAUACAGAACGAAGAGGAACGAGAAUUACAAAUGAAUCGUAUUAUAACGAGCAGUCUUCAUGGGCUGCAGUAUUUCCUGGUACACCUGCCCAGUGCCCACGAUGACUGGCUGUGGACGGAGCUGGAGCCGCUACUGCAGGCCCCCGCCUUCUGGAAGCUCUUCCACGGCCCCCCGCAAUCCAUGAUUAAGAAAUGGAUCAAUAAAGUGAAACACGUUCGAUCCGCUCGUCAUGUCUCGCCCGAGGUGGUCGCAGUGUCCGCAGCGCAGUGUUGCAGGGCGGCGUGGUGCGGCUGCGCGGGGCGGCUGGCGGCGCGCGGCGCGCGGCUGGGCGCGGAGCGCGGCUCGCGGCUGGGCGCGGAGCGCGCGCGCCGGUUGCUGCGCCUGCUGCUGCAGCGCGCGCCGCCGCCCGCCGCCGCCGACACCUGGGCGGCGCUGCUGCAGCUCAUGCACCACGUGCCGGAGUGGCACGCGUACUUGGACGAGAAGGACUUGCUCGUGAGAAGAUUACUGGACAUGUUAGAGAACGGCGGCUGGGGCGACGCGCGCCAGCUCUCCAACACGCUGCUGCCACUGCUGGCGCAUCUGCCGCAGGACCUUGUCACUAAGGAUUUUUAUGAAGCCUUUUUUAAUGCCAUUUUUUCUGGACUUGAAAAGAAAAAUGUAUUGAAUUCAAAAAGUGAAAGGCAGCUGUGGAUAACGAGUUUGUCUGAAUGCUUACGAUACUUGUCCAUACAACAAUAUGACUACGUGUUGGAGAUUACCACAAAUGUGCACAGAACUUGGCUAGCCAGGGUGCUCUCUACGACACAAGACGCGCAGACCAGAUCCAAUCUCAUAAAGUACUCUGCUGGCUGCAUGACGUCUCUUGUCAAAUAUUGGCUCAGACAGUCCAAUGAACAGAAAUCUGAGAAGUACGACCAGCUCGUAAGGAACUUCUGGCAAAACAUAGGUUCUACGGUCUCGGCACAAAUAGAUAAAUCCGGCAACGACGUCAAUGAAAUCAGCCAACUCAUAGAAGGUCACAUUCUGCUCUUACAAACGUUAAAAACCUCGUUCUCCCAGGAAGGUAAGAAACAAUUAAACAUAAAAUUUGAUGACGACGAGCCCAGCGUCCCCGAAGAGAGCGUCGCGGCGUUCUCGUCCGCCCCGGCCGGCGCGGCAGACGCGGCCGACGCGGCGGACGCGGAGCGGUACCGCCACUGCCUGUGGCGCCAGGCCGAGGCCGCGGCCGCCGCCUACCUGGGCGCCGGCGCCGCGCGCCGCCUGGCGCCCGCCGUGCUGGCGCCGCUCAUCACGCUGCUGGUGGCCUUCGACUCGGAGGCCGUGUUCCUGGCACUGGCCCGCCAGCUGGGCCAGCCCUCGGUGGCCGCGUUGUACCACAACGUGUUGCGGGGCUGGCUCUGCGAGGACGACAUGCGCUGCGAGGCUCUCGUGGAUGUCAUCUUUCUCAUGACUGAGUACAUGACUGAACGAGAACAAGAUGCCAUGUUUGAUACGUUCCAACAGCUGGCGCCCGACGCGGUGGAGUGGUGUGUGAGUGCGUGCCUGCGCCACCCGAUGGUCGGGCGGCCGGCCGCGCGGCGCUGGCUGGGCGGCCCCGGCGUGGGCGCCGCGCUGCGGGCGCUGGCGGCCCGCGCCGUGCGCCCGGCGCCGGACCCGCGCGCCGCCGCCUUGCUGCUGGCCUGCGUGGCGGACGCGCCCACGGGAGAGCUUCUGGUGAGCGAGAGCAGCGUCAGCGAGGUGGUGGACAUAGUGGGUGGCGCGCUGGAGGCGGCGGCGGGCGGAGCGCUGGAGGCGGUGGGCGGAGCGUCGGAGACGGCGGGCGGAGCGCUGGAGGCGGCGGGCGGAGCGUCGGAGGCGGCGGGCGGAGCGCUGGAAGCGGCGGGCGAGGCGCUGGAGGCGGCGGGCCAGGCGCUGGAGGCGGCGGGCGAGGCGCUAGAGAGCUGCGCCAUGCUAUGCGCGCGCCUGGCCACGGCCCAGCCGCGCCGCGCAGCACGUCUGGCGCUGCCGCUGCUGCGACUCAACGCGCGCCUGCCGUGGCAUAGCGGAUGCAGUAGUGUUGUGUCUCAGCUGGGCGGCGGGCGCCUGUCGAGCGGCACGUGGCACGAGGUGCGCUCGUCCUGGCAGGACUGCGUGGCCGCGCUGGCGCCCCGCGACCUGGCGCCCUUCCUGCACGGCGCCGCGCAGGCGCUGUAUGACCUACUAUACAUAAGUAACAGCCGUGUUUUGGACACAACGGAAAUCGAAAACGUAUUGUGCUUAUGCCCUUACCUGUUCGAGCGGUGCGACGAAGGCGACGAGCCCGUGGACGUGGCCGCCGUGGUCCAGUUCACCCGCGACCUGUUCCGCGCCGCUGCGCCCCCCGCGGCCCCGCGCCCGCGCCUGCAGUACUGCGCGCUGCGCUAUCUCGCGAUCACUGCGCAACUCAACUGCAUCUUCGACGACGACGAAAUCAUGGCGGCCAUUAUUAAGGACGCGCACGCCACGGACGUGAAGGAUAUUUGCAAGGAGGACUUUCUCAGUUAUGCGAACGAAAUCCUUCUGCGAGCGAUAUAUUUGCGUAUCAUGUUUUCGCACAAGAUGAGCUCGCCCGACGACGAUGACGCUUCGACCGACAGAUCUCGGUGCGACGUUUUACUGGCGGAUGACUACUUACUGGGUGAAUUCUGUGAGGUCAUGUAUGACUACGCAGUCAUCGAAACACUGCACGAGGCGUACGCAUUCUGGCCGCACUACGAGCUACUGCGCCGGGCCUGGGAGGCGCUGCGCGGGGCGCUGCAGGCCGCGCUGGGCGCCGCGGGCCCGGCGGCGCUGCAGCGCGCGGCGCGGGCGCUAGCGCAGCGCGCGCUGGAGGUGGGCUACUUGUGGGCGCUGGCGCAGCGCGCGCUGCACCGCCUCGAGCCGGGCCUGCAGCCGGGCGCCCUCGACUGCGCGGCCCAGGACCUCAUGUCCGGGAACGGAUUCUUCCACAGCCUGCAGGUGCAGGCGAGCGCGGACGAGGCGCUGCGCGUGCGCCUGCUGGUGGCGCUGCGCAGCUGGAGCGCGGCCACGGGCGCGGCGCCGCUGGAGCCGGCGCCGGCCGCGGAGCGGGACCUGGACCUCUUCGUCGCCGCAUACUACGCGCAGCCGUCGUCCAUGCUCUUCGACAGAAACGUAUCGGAGUGCUCGUGGGCGGACGUCGCCAACAACGCGGCCGUGCUGGAGCUCAUGGCGGCCACGGUGGAGGCGCGCGGCUGGCAGGCCAGCGCCGCCGCCUGGGACUUCGUCAACAUCGCGCUGUGCUCGCUGCUGGGCACCGCGCGCCGCUCGCUGGCGGCCUGGGGCAGCUCGGCGCUGGCGGCGCUGCUGGUGCCGGCGCUGCGCCUGCUGCGCGCCGCGGCCGCCUUCGUGCGCGACCUGGCGCCGCGCUGCCAGCGCCAGGAGCCGGCGCCGCACGUGGCGGGGCUGGCGCGCGAGUGGCCCGACAUCUUCGCGCCCGACGUCAACUACCACGUCUUCUCCAUCGUGCUGCACGCGCUCGAGUGCUGCGAGGGCCCGAUGACGAGCCCGCAGGUGGAGGUGGUGGGCGAGCUGGUCCGCUGCGCGCCGCUGCUGCAGUGGGACGCGCUGGCGCCCGAGCACCGAGCGCCCGCCGCGCCGCUGGCCCUGGAGCGUCUGGCGCGCGCCGCCGCCGCCGCGCUGGGCGCCGCCGCGCCGCCGCCGCGCCUGGCGCUGGCGCGCGCGCUGCUGGCCAGCCUGGCGCGCCCGCUGGUGCUGGCCGACGCCGAGCGGCUGGCGGCGCGCGAGGCGGCGCCGGCGCACGACGCGGCCGUGCUGUGUCUGGACUACCUGCACGCCGCCUUCGUGGCCGCCCACGACCUGCUGGACUCCGCGCUCGGCUCUGUCGUGGUGGGCGAGGGCACGUGCGAGCUAGUGCCCGGCACCGACUCGUACUGCGUGGCGCUCGGCUGGCUCUUGCUGGUGGACGCGCAGGCCGAGCUGUGUAGCCUGGCGCGCGGGGACCUGGUGGCGCACUAUGUGGUGUGGUACCGCGAGCGCCAGUACGCCGAGCUCGUGCUGCGCGCCGCGCUGCGCCUGCUGCCGGGCGCCCACGGGCCCGCAGGCCGGCGCGCCGCAGCUGGCGCAGGCGUUCCUGCGCGCGCCGCGCUGGGCGUGCGGGCGGCGGCGCGCGGCGCGCUGGUGGGGUCGCUGGCGUGCCGCGCGCUGUACACGCUGCUGACGGGCCCGGGCGCGGCGGGCGCGCGCGGCUGGUGGGGCGCGGCGCCGGCGCGCGCGGCGCGGCUGCUGGAGCGCGUGGUGGUGCAGUUCGUGGCGCCCGAGGCGGCGCGCCAGCAGCUGCGCGAGCUGGCGGCGCACGCGGCCGAGCUGGCCGACACGGCCGUGGAGAUCUCGUGGGGCGCGCGCGAGGUGCGCGCCGUGUACUGCGUGGACGAGCGACGCGUGGAGCUGCGCGCGCGGCUGGCGGCGGCGCACCCGCUGGCGGCGCCGCGCCUGGAGGCGGGCGGGCCGGGCGCGGGCGCGUGGCUGCAGCUGUACGUGGCGCAGCAGGGCAGCGUGCUGGGCGCGGUCCGUCUGUGGGCGGGCGCGGUGGGCGCGCGCGUGGAGGCGGCGCCGCAGUGCUACAUCUGCUACUGCCGGCUGCACCCGUCGUCGGGCCGCCUGCCGCGCGUGCCGUGCCACCAGUGCAAGAACAAGUUCCACAACCUGUGCCUGGUACGUCCGCGCGCCGCCGUGAGUCUCGUCUCGAACGAUGCGCCCAGUAAUACGGUCCUUGAUUUUCUUCCAGCGCAAGUGGUUCGCCACGAGCAACAAAUCCAACUGCCCGCUAUGCAGAGCGGCGUUCUGAUGUCCUGGCCGCCGGCCGCCGGGCGAGACGUCGCGGUGUGCGACGACCUGUGUAUAUAUCCUUAUAUACUUUAG